AUGUCUGCCAUCAUGUACAGCACGCGGAUAGCCGCGUUUAGAAAUUUGGUUUUACAUCCACGAUGUUUUUUGAAACUGUCAACGUCGACAACAUCUGAUUCAACCGGUCCGAUUGCUUCAAAGGGUGACAGCGACAAUGCAAGUAAUAACGCCCGGAGAACGUCUGACCCAGGAAAACAAGAUCAGAUCUUGAACUCGAACGAUACCGGUAGUAACAACAACAUCGCCUCAGUCAAUACUUCAUCUUCGGCUGGUGAUCUUCAUUUAGGUUCUACGCCUGAACAGAGUAGUUAUAUGAGAGCUUUUGAGAAAAUAGAUAAAAUGGGAAGAGACGACGCCACAGAAGACACACAAAGCUUUGCCAGUCUGAUCCGAAACUGUAAAUUGACACAGAUUGGGAAUCCUGACGGGCGGAUUGUAUUGGGUACUGUCAUUGAUGUAGUCGAGGACGAUCUCUAUGUUGAUUUCGGGGGGAAAUUUCACUGCGUUUGUGCAAGACCAAAACACCGAGCAAGUGAGUACACAUAUGGAACUCGUGUCAAAUUGAAACUGAAAGAUCUGGAGAUGACAUCAGCAUUUCUUGGUUCUGAUAAACAUGUGACGUUAUUGGAGGCAGACGGCUCUAUUAUUGGAAUACACAGAUCCAGCCAAUGGGCUAAGACAGAUAUUAAAUGAUGAAACACUGUUCUUUGACAAUAUCAUGACCUUCUACAUUUAAAUUAGAUGGUAUGAUCUACAGUGGAGUCAUAGAAAGCUGUCAUGAUUGAGUAGUAAACAUCUUCAUCACUGGGUAGGGCACGAGGCUUCGUGGGACAUUUGUGUGCAGAUUUUUGUCAUCCUCACCUGGUUAUAGAUUUGUGUAAUAUAUUGAAUCUGUGCAAUACCAGGAUCAAGUGCAAGGAUAUUUUGAUAGCCCAAAUUACAACAAACCCUAAGAAAAAGACCACAUUAUGGGAAUAUUGCAUGAUUCAUUCUAACUUCAAUUAUAAAAAAAAAAAGAGACAUUAUAAUCAUAUGCACUGACAAUACAAAGAUGUACAGGUAAUUGGGCUGUACAAUUUGUUAUAUUUUGGCGUUAAAUUUAGGAAUACUGGAUCUAAAGUUAUUUUAGCCAAAGUUAGGCUACUAAAACAGUGCCCAAAUUAAAAACAUCUGCAUUUUGUUCUGGAUACAUAAAUUUGUGUUAGUGGAGUGACCAGGUAUCUAAAUUCAUCUUGAAAAACCUGGUUGUGAGUCUCCUGUCUUUAAGGCAAGGGGCCAUAGUUAUCAAGCAUUGUAAGACUUCAGCCAAAAAUUUAAAUACAGCAAGAAGGAAAACGUUUUGAACAAUGUUCCAACCACAAUUUGAGUUCUUUCCUUUUCUGAGGUGGCGAUUUUAAGCAUAUUCAGUUUUUGACUGAAGUCUGAAGUUGCUUGAUAAAUAUGUUCACAGGUUUCUGCACAUGAACAGUACCUAAAAAAAAGUUUGACUUCAUAUUCAUUUUCCAGACUAAAAUCUGAAGUAUUGUAAAAUGAUGUAUUCAUCAAAUGUAUGCAAGUGUAUGCACUGUCAACAGAGGAAAAAGUCAUUAUGUUGAACCUGUAAGGUAUGGGUGUGCAAAGAAAGGAAUUUGAAUUAUUGUUUUGAUUUAAUUGUGUGAUGUUUUA